AUGGGGCGGCUGCUCUCCGCCUCGCGGCUCCUCCCGGCCACCCCGCUGGCCCUCCUGGCGCUGCUCCUGCUUUGCUCCCAGCCGCCUGCCGCGGCUCCGGGACCCCCCCGGGGCAGGACGCGCGCCCCGGGGCCCCCCGUCGUGCUGGUGCCAGGAGAUUUGGGAAACCAGCUACAAGCCAAGUUGGACAAACCAUCCGUGGUGCACUAUCUCUGCUCUAAGAAGACAGACAGUUAUUUUACAUUGUGGCUGAAUUUAGAAUUGUUGCUUCCAGUUAUCAUUGACUGCUGGAUAGAUAAUAUCAGGCUAGUGUACAAUCGAACUAGUGGCUCUACUGCUCCCCCAGAUGGGGUCAAUAUCAAAGUCCCUGGAUUUGGGAAGACCUUUGCCUUGGAGUUCCUUGAUCCUAGUAAAAGAAGUGUUGGCACGUACUUCUACACGCUGGUGCAAAAACUAGUAGACUUGGGCUAUGUGCGAGAUGAAAGUAUUACAGGCGCUCCUUACGAUUGGCGGAAGGCACCAAACGAGAAUGGAGACUAUUUUGAGGCUCUCCGGAAGCUGAUCGAGAUCAUGUAUGAAGAGUAUGGCGAACCGGUGGUCUUAAUUGCCCACAGCAUGGGGAACAUGUAUUCUCUCUACUUCCUCAGCCAUCAGCCCCAGGAAUGGAAAGACAAAUACAUCAGGGAUUUUGUGUCCUUGGGGGCUCCCUGGGGAGGAGUAGCUAAAGCUUUCCGGGUGCUGGCAUCAGGUGACAACAAUCGGAUUCCCGUGAUCAGCUCCUUUAAGAUCAGGGACCAACAAAGGUCGGCUGUCUCCACCAGCUGGUUGCUUCCUUACAAUUACACUUGGUCUCCAGGGAAGAUCUUUGUCAGCACACCGUCCGCAAACUAUACGAUUCGGGAUUUCCAGAAGUUCUACGUGGACAUUGGGUUUGAGGAUGGCUGGCUCAUGAGGAAAGCUACCGAAGGUUUGAUUUACAGCAUGACACCCCCAGGCGUACGCACACACUGUCUUUACGGCACCGGAGUCAAUACUCCGGACUCCUUUUUUUAUGACAGCUUCCCAGAUAAGGAGCCGAAAAUCUUUUAUGGGAACGGAGACGGAACAGUAAACGUAGAAAGUGCCUUACAAUGCCAGAAGUGGAUAGGUCAGCAAGAACAAAAGGUGAUCCUUUACGAGCUUCCAGGAAAUGAACAUAUUGAGAUGCUCUACAAUAACUUAACCAUAUCCUAUGUUAAAAAAGUUCUUUUCGGCUCAUGACACAGUAGAAGUUCCACCUUUUUCCUCCAAGGCAUUUAAAUGCUUUUUUUUUUCCCAACGGGAACGCACAAAAGGAUGUUUUGGACCUCUGUUUUUAAAGCUUCUUCUUCUUCUUUUGGGCUUAUUUAAUCUUGUUGGAAAUUGGCACUGUUUUUGGUCGGCUAAUGGUUACUUGUUUCCUAGAGUAACAUUCGUAACAGGCCUGACAAAAUGCACUAGUGCCAUGUCUCGGUGCCCAUCUGUGUGAAGGCGACGUCCUGUUCUCUGGGAUGUAGGCAGUAUUCCUCUUUCUAUGUUUAUUGAGCUAGAAGGUCAAGGAGAGGACCUUAAGAAGUUCUCACCAAGAGGUCACCAAUGCUGGGUUGUUGUUGCCAAUAUGAACCUGGGAAUUGUGAAGCCCCUGCAAAGGGUAUUGACCUAAACAGGCAUGGGUUGAACCUUAGAUUGGCCUCAACAGCCCAGAAGUGAAUUGUUCUUGAAGACAAUGCAGAAGCUGGAAAUCCUUAACAAGAUUUUUUUAAAGUAAGAUGAGCCUAUUAAUUUGGUUCCUACUUGACAAGAUGAAGGCUAAAGGAUGAUGAUAAAGUUUGCUAUCAACGAUUUUCACAUUAUAUUUUAAGCUGGUGAUCCAGAUCAUGUAACAGUAGCUGCGACAUUAGUACUUGACGUCUUCAAUAUGGUCAAAGGCCAGUGUUAAGAUAGGAACUAUUUUAGCCAGAUGCCUUUCACUGGAGACCUUGGAGUGAUUCUCUAACAACCUGUUGGUUUUUGAAGUGAGAUACUAAUCCCACUAUUUUUUGCUGUUGCACAUAUUGCCAUUGGGGUGUUGUUAAGUCAGUUUCAAUAGUAUCUCUCCCCAAAUCCAGAUGUAUCCUCAAUACAGUAUGGACAUCUACUUUUUUCUGGCGUUUCUCCUGGUGGUGUCAAUUUUUUACCCUAGUCCUUUGAUCAUAUCUUCUU